AUGCUUGCUCUGGUGGCGGUGCAGGAAAGCCAAUUCCUCAGAAAAGAGUUAAAAGGGCAGCUAAUAACCACCAAACUCUCUCAAACAAAGACGCGCAUGGAACGAACAUCCAGUCGGAGGAGGAUACGCAAACCUCGCGAUGAACUCCAAGAUCCUCCAAGAGCUUCGUCAGAGCUAUCUCGAGUGGAUACGACGAGUGACAGAACGACCUUGUCAAGGAGCUGCUUGGCAUCUGUCAUCAUCUUCCUAAUUUUGCUGGUAAGUUUCUUGGGUGUCCCAAAGUCUCCGAACAUUGCGCACGAAAACCAGGCUGUGGAGCAGUCGCUUCACUCCGAUAUUGGUCAGAAACUGCAUCCCGAAACACAUAUUUAUCGGCCGGUGACGACAAUCCGCCUUAACUGGACGGUAACUGCAGCUUAUCUCCGUCCAGAUGGUGUGCUGAAACGCAUCUAUGUGAUCAAUGGUGUGUCUGCUGUGCUAUCCUUGCUCGGAUCUGGGACCAUGCCACUGGCGCGGGUGUUCGAUUGA